AUGCGUCCAUCAGCUGUUCUCGCAUCUCUGCUCCUAGCUGUCUGCGCUUCAGCUAUCCCUUUCAACAAUGCCGAGCGCAACACGGCUCUGGAGGCGGUAAAGCGUGACAUCGCGAACGUGGAGAGCGGCCUGGUUGAGAAGCGUCAACCUGUUGAUUUGGGCUCCCUCACCGGCCUUGUCACUGGCCUUGUCAACAGCUUGGUCAGCAUUCUUUCCGGCCUUACCAGCACGCUCUCAGGUCUUGUCAAACAAAUUGAGAGCGCUGCUGGUGGCGUUGGCGACGUCACGGGGACCCUUGAGACGGUCAAGUCCACUCUCUCAAGCACCCUGUCCCAGGUGAACAGCGCCUCCAGUGGUGUCGACCCGUCUAGCCUCACGGGUUCUGUUCCAGACCUGAACAGUGCCAUCGCUGAGGUCGAAACACUCAUCGCCAGCCUUGGCGUUCUCGGUGGCACCUCUGCCGUCACAAGCCUCGUUUCCCAAAUUACCUCCAUCGCCAACGAUCUCCUCAAGGUCCUGAAGGGUCUUCUGAGUGAAGCCACCUCGGCAGCCUAA